AUGGCCCUCCAGGCCAUCUUCGGCAUCGCAGCGCUCGUCGCUGUGUCAAGCGCCGCCGCCCUCCCAGUCAUUCAGCUCGCCGAGGUGCCGACGCCCAACACGUUCCCGGAGGUUGUCGGCCCGAUCCCAGCCUUCGAAGUGACCGAAUUCAAGGCACAAGCGCUCGUCCUCAGCGACAGGAACUACAUCAACUUUUACGUCACGCCCUACCGGGGCGCCGAGCCGGCGCACUGCUUCUCGCUCGGCACGACGCUCAGCCACUCGCUCAACAGCGUGCCGCAGACGUGGUGCUCCCACGCGGCCAACGACAGCAGCGACACGUCAGACCGCGUGUGGUUCUCGUGGACGAUGGGCGACGACGUUGACCCAACGGCGGCCGGGGCCGGCGGCACCACGGGCACCGACCCGGUCGACAGCGUGAACGAGACCACGGGCGCCUACCUCAAGAUCGUCCGGCAGGGCGGCGGCCAGACCCGCGACGAGGCGAUCCACCACUUCGACGCGCGCUACCUGGUGUACGAGGGCGAGGGCGACAUGGUGCACCAGGUCUUUACGGGGCCGCAGAACUUUACCAUGCGGGCGUUGAGGGUGGACGCGAGGGGGGAGUCGUGA